GGGACAUCAAAGUAGCCACUACGGUUUAUAUAUAUUUUUCUUGUGCUUUUUUUCUGCCUUGUGACAGGUGACUGGUUCAAGGAUGGCAGGAAGUCCAGACCAUAAACAAAAUGAAGAGGGCCUCGGGGACACAAUGGUACGUUUCCACAGCUACUUGCACGGAGGGACCUCCAGCUUGCUAUCCACCCUCCCCACCCUCAUCGUCUUCCCUGUCUACAAAAUUGUUUUUCGUCAACAAAUCCACAACACCCCAGUGCACCAGGCAGUGGGACAGCUCUACAAAGAGGGACCUGUGAAGCUCUACAGGGGCGUGGCCCCACCAUUACUGAUGAGGACUCUCAAUGGCACAUUGCUCUUUGGCCUUCAGGACACCCUCCUGCAUCAGCUCUUGUCAUCCCAAAAUGUCAUCUCUACCUCUGUCCUGCCUGCUGUUGCUGGGUUUGGUGCUGGUAUGGUAGAAGCUGUGGUUUUUACCCCCUUUGAGCGUGUCCAGAAUGUGUUGCAAAAUGGACAAAAUGACCACCGUCUACCCACCCUGAAGAGUGUUCUUGUCAGGCUGAAGUCACAGCCGCCAGCUUUAGGGUACUACAGAGCGUUACUGCCCAUCACAGCCCGAAAUGCUAUUGGCAGCUCCCUAUACUUUGGCCUGAAGGGGCCAGUGUGUGCAGUUGUGGAGGGACAGGGCCUCCCUCCUUUGGUUUCCUCCUUCAUCUCAGGGACGCUGACCUCCAUGGCAAUCAGCUUGACACUUUACCCUCUUUCUGUGCUAGUGGCAAACAUGCAAGCGCAGGUGGGAGGGGAGGUGAAGGGGGUCAUGGCUUGUUGGAGGAUGCUGUGGGAAUCUCGGCAGCGGAGUGUGGCUCUGCUGUACAGAGGAGGUUCUCUGGUUAUUUUGAGAUCAUGCAUUACAUGGGGAAUCGCCACCGCUAUCUAUGAUAGGCAGCAGAAACAUUCAGGCUAA